UCCGCCAUCCAGUGGGGUAAUCGUCUUCCUCUUUGGAGAGAACUUCGCCUCCCUGCCUAUGCAUUGGAUUUGAUUAUAUUUGUGUUUCGGUCCUCGGUAUGGACUCUCAAAAAGAGGCCUUACAGAGAAUAAUAACCACGUUGGCCAAUAAAAAUGAGGAGCUCCAUAACUUUAUGGAAACACUUAGUCACUCUCUGGCUGGUGUCCAGGUGAACUCCCCACAGGCAGUGUCCGACCUGGAGGAGGAGUUUGACAGAUUAUUCACCAUCCUGGUUGAGAUGAAGGAGAGCAUGAUCAACACCAUCAAACAGGAAGGGGCCAAGAAGACACAGGAACUACAGCAUCAGCUGACACAGAGUGGCAGUGCCCUGAAGAGUGCAGUGGAGCUGCUGGAGUUCGCCAACAAUGCUCUGGAUAUUCAAGACGAGGAUGAGUUCACUAAGGCUGCCAAGCAGAUCAAAGAUAGGGUAACAAUGGCACCAGCCUUCAGACUGACCAUGAAGCCCAAGGCCACAGAUAACAUGGACCAUCUCAUGGUGGACUUCAACCAGGAACGGCAACUCCUCCAGAACCUCAGGUUUCUGCCUGUCCCUCGAGCCCCAGAGAUGGAGGUAGGGGACUGUCUGGUGUUAGACAACACGGUGUCUGUAGCCUGGAAGAUGCCAGUGGAGGACAGCAAGAUAGACCACUACAUACUGGAGUACAGAAAGACCGACCACGAAGGACUGCCACGCAUCAAAGACGAACGGUGCUGGGAGGUGGUGGACAACAUCAAGGCCACAGAAUACUCACUGUCCGGUUUAAAGUUUGACUCGAAGUUCAUGAACUUCCGGGUACGAGCUUGCAACAAGGCAGCAGCUGGAGAAUACUCUGAUCCAGUUACCCUGGAAACCAGAGCGUUUAACUUCGGUUUCGACUCAUCGUCGUCCCAUCUGAACCUGAAGGUAGAGGACAGGAGUGUGGAGUGGGACCCCCAGGGAGGCAAGGUGCUGGAGAGCAAGGUCAAGGGCAAGGAGAACAAGGGCAGCGCUCAUCUUACCAAUCUGAAGAACAUGUCAAGAAGUGGAACUCCGUCCCCCAAGAGGACGUCAACGACACGGUCGCCCGCCAUCAGAGGAGGCAGAGACCGGUUCACUGGAGAGUCCUACACGGUGCUAGGUGAUACCAGUAUGGACUGUGGUCAACACUACUGGGAGGUGAAAGCCCUUAAAGACUGUAAGUCCUACAGUGUUGGGGUCUCCUACAGGAACCUGGGAAAGUUUGACCAGCUGGGUAAGACCAACACUACCUGGUGUAUCCACAUCAACAACUGGCUGCAGCCCUCCUUCGCUGCCAAGCACAACAACAAGGCCAAGAGCCUGGACGGCACCGCGCCUGGACGCAUCGGGGUCUUCUGUGACCUGGACUCAGGGCAACUGUCCUUCUACAACGCUGAAACCAAGCAGUUGAUCCACACGUUCAAGGCCAAGUUUAGCCAACCUGUGGUACCAGCCUUCAUGGUUUGGUGUGGAGGACUGAGCCUCAGUACAGGGAUGCAGGUCCCUAGUGCAGUCAAGAGUUUCCAGAAGAACGAGAACGGCCUGGGAGGUUCCAACAGCAGCCUCAACAGUGUGGCCCAGUAGCCCAGACACUCACGGGCUGCAUCUGGAACAGCACCCCAUUCUCUACUCAGUGCACUACUGUUGCUCUAUGCGGGCUCUAGUCAAAAGUAGUGCACUAUAUGGGGAAUAGGGUUCUAUAGGGCUCUGGUCUAAAGUAGUGCACUAUAUGGGGAAUAGGGUUCUAUAGGACUCUGGUCUAAAGUAGUGCACUAUAUAGGGAAUAGGGUUCUAUAAGGCUCUGGUCUAAAGUAGUGCACUAUAUAGGGAAUAGGGUUCCAUAGGGCUCUGGUCUAAAGUAGUGCACUAUAUAGGGAAUAGGGUUCCAUAGGGCUCUGGUCUAAAGUAGUGCACUAUAUAUAGGGAAUAGGGUUCCAUAGGGCUCUGGUCUAAAGUAGUGCACUAUAUAUAGGGAAUAGGGUUCCAUAGGGCUCUGGUCUAAAGUAGUGCACUAUAUAUAGGGAAUAGGGUUCCAUAGGGCUCUGGUCUAAAGUAGUGCACUAUAUAGGGAAUAGGGUUCCAUAGGGCUCUGGUCUAAAGUAGUGCACUAUAUAGGGAAUAGGGUUCCAUAGGGCUCUGGUCUAAAGUAGUGC